AUGAAGCGAUGCAGCAACCAGCUCGAAAGAUCCCCUAUCCAGACCGUCACUCUGAAUUUCGACAACGAUCUCCACUCGUGGGAUAGACAUGUGGAUGGCGCCCUGGCAUUGAUACAGCUCCGGGGAGUAAGCCAGCUGCGGAACAGGGUAGGCCGAUGUAUAUUCUCUGAGAUUGUGAAUGACCCGAACGCCUAUGCGCCCAGUGUGUCUAACCAUCAGCAGCUCAUCAACUGUCUGCAACGUCGAGUGCGAGUACCGUUGAGACUCGUAAACUGGACCAUCGAGACCCGCAACCACGAAACAGCGCAGGACGCACCCGCUGCCCAAUUAGCCGGCAUCAUCGUCAACGCCUGCUCCGUUUUGGCCUUGGUCAAAGAGGAGAUGACGGACGAUGCAAAACACCCUCACCUGAUCUCCAACCUGCUGUCGGUUGAUAACGACCUCGUCUCCUGGUCUAACAGCAUCCCCUCAGAAUAUGGACUCGAGGCCGUGACAACUCCAGACAGCUCGAUCCUGACGUAUCUCGGACGAUACGAUAUAUACCCCAGCGUUGCCAUCGCGCACACCUGGAACCUGCUGCGCUGUGCACGCAUUAUCCUCCGCCAAGCCCUCGUGGGGGCUAUAUCAACACACUCGGGCUUCGUCCAGGUUCCAGCCUCGCCUCCAAGCUCCUUACCCAUAUCACCCAGACACAUCCUCCGGAUUUCCGACACGGCGAUCAAUGAAAACGCAAGCCUGAUCUGUUACAGCGUGCCUUAUAUUCUCCGUCUUUGCGGUAAGCCGGCCAGCCCAGAGAAUCCGCACCUGAGGGCCGCGUGUGCCGUGCACCUAUUGUGGCCACUUUAUAUUGCAGGCACGGCAUAUACUAGGAACGAUGCUCUGCGCGAAUGGGUUAUCGCGCGGAUGGAAAGUAUCAAGGGAGCAACAGGUAUCCAGAGAGCGGGGCUUGUGGCCUCGCGUAUUACCCCCGGCCUCGCAACCCCGAACGAGUCUGGGCUUUCCCCUCAAAGCGUGAGGGACGAGGUUGUCGGCAACGGCGCCAUGACCAAGGCAUGCUUUCUGUGCGACUCCUGCGACGCCCAGGAGUGCGCCCAUGUCGUGGGUAACCACGAUAGCGCCGUGCCGAUCCUCGAGGCCGAGGGCCUGAUCAACUUCGGCCUAAGAAGUCCCCUCAAUGCUGUCCCGCUUUGUGCGACCUGUCACCGCGUCUUUGACAACAUGACCGACCCCCAGGUCACCUUCUACCCCGCCGACCUCGAUUUCUUCAUCCGCUUUGAGCUUCGCGACCGGGCGAGGCGCCGCAAACUCCCAGGUCCCUCGAAGCGGCGAGUCCCGACGGCCAGGCAGUACAUCCAACACUCCGGCGGGGGUCUAUAUCGGCGGGUCUUCUUUCGGUGGAACAGGGUUGACCGGAGGGACGGCUGGGUUCCACCAGGUCCCGACCCGGCCCCCUGGAAGGGAUCGCCGAUAGCCGUCAUCCGUCGGGCAACCGCCGUUCUGACGAGCCCGCGGGGUGCUGGAAUCCCCCCAGAAGACCACAAAAGGCUAUUUAUCUUGUGGCAGCUGUACUUCGGGGGUGCGCAGGGGGACGAGGCGGCGGAGGCGGCAGGACCCAAAUACCGCGACAACGACGACGAUGAGAACUUCGGGCUGGGUGAGGACUACCAGCGGGCCGGUGACGAGCCCGAGCGCGACCAGGAGAAGGAGGGGGAGGAAGAUGACGGGGAAGAGGGCGAAGAGGGCACGAUGGACUUGGAGGCCGUGGAUGCCGAGAGUGAGAGGGACGAGGAGGACGAGGAGGACGACGAAGAGAGCGAGGGGGAGGGGGAUGAAGAUUGGAAGCCUAAGAUUAACAUCCAGCGGCUUAAGCUAAAGAGGUUUGGAAGGGAUUCGACCUCCCAAGACAAGAUCAGGUCCUUAGGGUUAGGAUACUUCUCUCGCUGA